AUGUACGCUGCUCUGGAGGUUCACACAACCAAUACAAUUGAGGAGGGGAGACAUACCGUCCAAGCGUUCACAGCACUCAUGAAGCAAUACAUGACACAAACCGCUGAUGACAACGUGAAGAAUUGGAACUUUCUGAAACUGCACAUGACGACACAUAUAUUUGACGACAUCAAGGCUAAAGGUGCCACAUGCAACUACAACACCAAACCAAAUGAGCAAAUGCACGGGCCCUUGAAGGACUGGUACUUGAACUGGACAAACUUCAAAAAUGUUGCAGAGCAGAUUCUUCACAUUGACCACUGGUUACUUGUAGCUGAUGACAUUAAUUGUUGUAUUUCGGACUUUGAUGAAUAUUCGCAGCGGAAAUCAGACGGCAUGGAUGAUGAUUCGUUAGAUGAUGAAAACACCGACAUUGGCGUGGAUAGUACUUUAGAUCCAUCACAACAUGUGAGAAUGGGAUCAAAACAAGCUGCGCAGACUUUCUGUUCCAUCGAGAAUGCACACAAGACCCAUGUUGAAUUCACCAACUUCUGCAUCAAGCUGAAUGCUUUCUUAAACAUCUUUCUACCCACCUGCAACAUUCCACUGCCGAAUGGAAGAAGAAUCCGCUUACAAUCAGAUGAUACUGUUACUGAGUAUUGA